GCCACCAGGGAGGUAGCGGCGGCGGCGGAAGGGAGAGGAGGGGGCUGGACUCGUGCUGCCGCCGUAAUCCCUUCCUCUUCUCCUGGCAGCGGCUGCUCGGUUCACACGUUCCCGGACAGGUGCGAGGAUUAAGGAAUAAUUUUGUGAACAAUAAAUAGCAAAUGGUGAUGUGUUAUUAGAAAUUGCCGCACCUGCUGAAGCUAAAACAGCUGGAUUGAAAGUGAACCACAAUGGCUUCUGUCACCUCAGAUAGUCCUCCAAACCCAAGCUGCAAAAUCAUGACUUUUAGGCCUUCGAUGGAUGAAUUCAGGGAGUUCAACAAAUACUUAGUGUACAUGGAAUCACAAGGUGCUCACAGGGCUGGAGUUGCCAAGGUUAUCCCACCAAAGGAGUGGAAGCCAAGAAAACAUUAUGAUGAUAUUGAAGAUUUGGUGAUUCCUGCUCCAAUUCAGCAGAUGGUCACUGGCCAAUCAGGGCUCUUCAUGCAGUACAAUGUUCAAAAAAAGCCAAUGACAGUGAAGGAGUUCAAGCAGCUGGCCAUCAGUGACAAAUACUGCACACCAAGACACAUAAAUUAUGAAGAUCUGGAGCGUAAAUACUGGAAGAACUUAACUUUUGUGGCACCAAUUUAUGGAGCAGAUAUCAGUGGGAGCAUUUAUGAUGAAGUAUGCAUAGCUUUUUUAUGAAGUUUCUCUCUUCCAACCAUCUCUUAAAGGGUACUAUACUUAGAGGAGACAUUCUUGCUUUGCAACUGAAAAUCGGUCUUUCUUUUGAAAUCUUUCUUAUUUCACUUUAAGGACUCCAAGCAAGGCUGAGAUUAAGUCUACAACUGCAAGAGUCAAAACAGUGCUGUCCUUAAACUGUAGGAUACUAUUCUUCUGUAUCAUAAGACUUUUUCCCUUAUUCACUUUGAACUUUCCGGAGAUUUGAGAUGCCUUCCUAUUUGUUUAUUAACAUUUCAGUGUGUGCGUUGUCUGUGUACCACUCAUGAAACUUAGUGAUAUUUUAAAUAGUUUACUUCUAUUUUGCUCUCCUUCACUGAGAAAACUUGGUAGCUGCACUUUAUACAUGCUUGGAAUCCCUACAGUUUCCUGGAAGCAUGCUUACAAUUACUGUGUACCUCUGAAUUAAAACAGACAAAACGGAAACUUCCUAAGGAAAUUAAUUUUGCUGGUAGCUUGUCAAGAUCUCCAUGGAUAAAAAGCGACUGUUAACACAGAUCUCAUUAUCCAAAGACUUGCUGAAUAUCUAUUUUUAUCAAUUAGGCUAUAUAAGUAGCUAGAGGAACUAGAUAUUGAAAGGAUUAUUUAAGUAGUGAGAUCAACAGAAGAAAUUUCAAAAAAUUGGAAGAUUUUAAAAAAUACUGGUCGAACUUGUCUCCUAAAGUAUUUCUCAUGUGUAGAGUUCUUGUGAUAUUUCAUAUUCUGGGUAACUGCCUUCUGCAGUCAUUAAAAAAAAAAAAAAAGAAAAAUAAAUGUCCCUGUGGCAUAUGGUCUGAAGCUCUGAUAAUUUUUCAUGUUUCUUCACAGAACACAAAUUACUUGAAUGCUCUCCAAAGAUAAAUAUAGUCAUCCAGGAUGGCUUAAGGCAAUUCAGUUUUAGGUUAUAUGAUCCUUGAAUGAUAGUUGUAAGUGUCUAGUGAUCUACUGUUCAGACAAAGCAAAAAGUACAAAUUCUAUUGUUUGUCCACACAGCUGCAUAUAAAUGAUUUUUAAAAUAGUUGAAUAUUGUGAUUUAUGGUAUUUUGGUA